GGUUGGGCGAUGGGGUCUAAAGCUUUGGCAGCUCUUUUUGCCAGUAUUCUGGGUGCAAGCGCAGGGCAGAUUCAGAUUUGAUUUGAAGCAAAUGCUGCUGCCGCAACUAAAUGGCUCUGAGGGCCAAUUCGAGAAUUGGACGAGGCAGCUGAGUGCAGAGGAGCAGCAGCGCUUGGCCUGGAAUGUCAACUUCUUGGAGAAUCCGCCAAUGGAGUACGGGGAGCUGCAGCAGCUGCUCAGCACCAAUAGCAGCAUUCAAAAUCCGUUAAGGCUGCGUCUGUGGCUCAGUCUCUAUUGGCAGCUGCGACGCACGAGCCGCUUGGACAACAAUCAUCAGUUGCUGCUGGACUUUGCGUUGAGUUUGCGUCAGUUGCAAACGGAUCCGGCAUGGAAUAGCAGCCAAUUGCAGAACAUGUUGCUGAGUUUGCCAAGUGCAUUGCGGAUCUUGGCUCGGAGUCGCUGGCUGUGCUUGGAGCACGACAGAGACCUGCUCUAUCUGUUGCCAGCUGGAGCAUUGCAGCUGGGGGCCCAAAGCCGCUGCUGCAUGUGGCAACUGGCGUUGGUGGCCGAGACGUCACAUGGCUGGCUACGCCUGGAGAAUCUAUGCGAAAUGCAAGACACUUGGUUCAUCAAUAUGCCGCAGCAGUUGGAGUCAGGAUUCUACCUACUACAGCGUGCGCCUAACAGCAAUUCCAGCAACUAUUGCAGUCGCCAGGGAUCGGGCUAUUACGAAGAAGUUGCCAAGAAGAAGGCGGCGGCGGAGGAGGAUUGUUACUGGCAGCUAAACGAUUGCAGCGGGCUGCCAGUACUUCUGAAGAGGUUCUAUGAGACAUAGAUGCGACUAUGUGCUAAUCAGAUAUGAUAUACCUAAGUAUAUAUAAGCUUGAUUAUAUACUCAACCUCAACUUGACCUAAAUAUAUAUG